UAGAUUGAAAAAUCAAACUAACGUCAGUUAUGUGUGUUUCAUGAAUAAAAUUGAUAAUUCUGUAGAAAACGUAAUAAAGUUUUGAAACAUCAAGCUAUGCUAUAAGUAGUUUUGUGUUCCAUUGAAUAUUCCAUUUUUUGCAGGGCGACCUAGUUCGGUCGGAGCUUGGCCUGUAACAGCCAUGUAUUUACAAGUACUUGUGAUCUUUUGCUGCUGUGUAAUAAAUAAUUUCUGUUCUUCAUACCCAGAUCCGAGGGGCUCUGGAAGAGCAAGGGCUACAUCAGAAGGAGAUUAUUUAGAUUCACCAAAUUUAUCAGAACUGGGAUAUCACAACUAUCAACCAACAAAUUUCAAUGGAGUAGAUGUCUACAACAACGUGCACCCGUCACUGGCGGGAUCAGGUGUACCCUACCAUUCAGACAACCCAAAGCCCAAGACCAAAAAAGCCAAACAUAGGCAUGGCAAGAGACGCAGGGUGACCCAAGAACCCGACGUUAAGAAGCCAAAACGUAGGAGAAAUAAGAAACGUCGAGGACAAAAAGGGGAGGUACCAGAAGAUCCAGAUGUUCCACUAAUUAAGAAUCCAGAUAUUAGUACAAUUGAAGAAUUAACACGUAUACCACAACCCCAAGGUACCGAUGUUCCAGCAAUAAAAAAACCAGAAGAUUUGAAACAAGUUGAAGAAAAUAAGAAGAUAGAAAAUCUCCUCAAACCAGACCAAGGAACCGAUUUUCCAGAUCCCGAUCUAGGAAACCGUUUUCCGGAAGUUCACCGUGAGAUAGAAGAAUAUUUGAAACAGGUUGAACAGAAUAAGAAGAUGGAAAAUCAACUCAAACCAGACCCGGAAAAUUUCCUCCAACCAGACCAAGGAACCGAUUUUCCAAAGGGGCCCGAACAAGGAAACCGUUUUCCGGAAGGUCUUGUCCAAGGAAACCGUUUUCCUGAAAAUCAACUCCAAGAAAACCGUUUUUCUGAAAAUCAACUCCAAGAAAACCGUUUUCCUGAAAAUCAACUCCAGCGAAACCGUUUUCCGGACAUAGAUUGGGAAAUAAAUUAUAGACGAAACCGUACAUCUGUAGAUGUGAAUCCUGAAGAGAGGCCUUGUCCUGAUCUGGAACCACAGACAGUGGUACCCCCUUAUCCUGACUGUGGAAAUAAUCCGGACAGGAACAAUAACAAUCAAGUUAUUUGCCAAGACAAGCAUGGACUUAAACAUGUGAACCAAGGUUGUAGAGAACCUGAAGAUCCAGAACAGCCUGCAAUUCAUCCCCCUUUUCCAAAUGAUUGCAUACAAGGUGGUAAUAACUUAAUUGACUGUAAUGAUCAACUGAUAGAUCCCAAUCUUGGAGAUAACAAAGAAAUCCAUAUUCCAGAAGAAAUAAUUGAAACGGAACCUGUUGAAACCAAUAGAAACCCAUUCAGCCUUCACGAAUUUGGUCAUAAGAUUGUGCAUGGAUUGCUUGGGGGAGGCAUAGGAGGCAUUCGAAAAUCUGCUCAUCUCAGAGGUCCAGGGUUCUACUUGGACUCACAUUCCAGUCUGGGUGAUGGACAUCUUUACAGGACACAAAAAUCUUUUGACGCCGGCCUGGUGAGGGGAAACCUUGGCAUUCAACUGUUUUAGAGGAAAUUUAUUCAGAAAUAAAUGUCGAUAAAAACUUUUACACUUGAUAUGUGACAUAAUGUGGACCUGACAUAUUUUUCAUUUCAUCUUGAUAAAAACUUCAAAGUCCAGUUUUGCAACUGUUUCAGUGGAAAUCUACCACGCAUUUACUGAGUUGGUUAAAAUUUACAAUUUUAUCUCAUGAAAAUGAAAUAUCAUUUCCAACUACAAUGAAAUGAUGAUUUUAUUUAUCAGAAAACUCAUAAUACAUGAUACAAUUUUUGUAAUAAUAACAAUUGAAAAUAAAUAUUAAUGAAUCCUUCUGAUUAAAUUACACACAUGCAAAGCUUUAAAAAUAUUGGUUAAAGGGAAAAUCUGCGGAUUGAAAAGUGUGCGGGUAUUCAAUAAAAAUGUCAAGUGAUAUUGAAAA